GAAAAAGUUAUACCACAUUCCACCUUCUCUUCGUUAAUUUUCUACAAGCUAUCUAGCUCUUCUUUUCUUAUCCCUGGAUCAUCUCCUUGCUGGGUUUGUCAUCAAUUUUUCAGAUUUGUCACCAUGAAUCUCAAAUUCCCAAGCCUGGCUUCUUCCAUCCUCGUUCUUCUGCUUAUGGUGCCAUCAAACCUGAUGUUUCCACACUGGGAAUGGACUCCAAGUCGGGCUCUACGCCCGUACUUGAUGACAUCAGACACCAUAAGCCGAACAAGGAAGGAAGAAGCCACGCUUGGGAGUUUGAGAUCCACGGUGAUAAAUCCGACUGUGAAUGUGAGAUUGAGGACCUGAGGUGAUCCGCCGUGCUCACCUCGAUCGGACGCGCGACUCACCGACGACCACGGCACCGGGCGUCGUGUUCUAGCUACUGUCCUACGCUGGUUUCAUCAACUUUUUACUUCACGGGAAAUUACAAUUCAACCAAAUACUCCUCUCCGGCCAGGACACUUGAUUAAUUGAUGUUAGCUUUCGUCACCAAUAUUUCAAGUUGCCUGUAGUUUUCUCGAGUUUAGUAUUUACUCCCACAGUGUCUCCGACCUCCGACGAUAUAUUUGUCCUCAUCACGUGGCAAAAAAAAAAAAAAAAAAAAGAGAAAAGGAAGUCAACCCAAUGCUUUAAUAUACUUGAAUUGGAGGGCAUGAGUAGUGCCUUAAAUCCAACAAAGCAAGUACUUAACCACGGCUAUUUUGACUAUUAGAGACUCUAACCUUCGUUAUUUAACUUAUUUCAAACGGUUUACACCUACAAAUUAAUCUCAUAUCACAUCGAUUAAUUACAAGCGAUUUAAUGAAUUUAUAAGACCAGC